AUGGCAGCAUCAAGGCGAAACGCUGAAAAGUUUUCUUGUAAAACAUCGCGUUUUCUUUUACCCGCAUUUCGUCGUCCAUCUUAUCGUGAAAUAAUCGCAACAAAUAGCAUAUGUGAUCCAGAAGGACAAGUUUUUUCAAAAUGGAGUGAAGAAGAUGGUCAAUAUUACUGUACAAUUAAUACAGCACUUCUCAAUGAUGAUGAUGAAGUAUUGAAAAAAAAUGCACGAUUUAUUAACAGUCUAAGAAUGGCCAUUAAGAAUAAUAGUGAAAAUGAAUUUAUUAAAGUUUAUCGUGGUUUAUCUAUUGAUCAUCAACAUGUAAAACAGGAAUAUACAGUAGGCUUACAGUUUUUAUUGCCAACAUUUACAUGUACAUCAAAAAAUAAAGAUGUAGCACAUCGUUUUGGUGAUUAUCUAUUUGAAAUUGAUGCCUCAAACGAUGAUUGGACAUAUCGUAGUGAUAUUUCAAAAUAUUCUAUCUAUCCAGAAGAACAAGAAAUUUUAUUCUAUCCAUAUAGUGGCUAUGUUGUUCAGAAUAUUAUACAUGAUGCAAGAAUAAUUCAAUUAAAAUGUAUUGAUACACUAAACGUUGAAUCGACCUGUAGAGAACGUAUUCCAUCUUGCGUUAAGAUUUUUGAUUCAUCAAGAAAUAUGUUCGUUUAUUUUUAUAAAGAUAGUAGCAAUGUCCAUUGGUCUCGUGGUGAUAAACCAAAUGAAAUCUUUUUAAUUGCGGAAAAUCAGAAUGGUUAUUGGGAUGCACCUUAUCGUUAUCAUCAUCGUAAUGGAUAUUUUAUAGAUAAAGGAAACGAUCGAUGGGAAGAAUAUCAAAACAAUAGACUCCACGCAAGGUUUACCAGAGUUGUUGAUGAUGAUAACGACGGUGAUGAAGAUGAUGAUGAUGAUAAUAAUAAUAAUGAUAAUGAUCGUAAUGAUGGCUGUCAAAUCUUCUGA